AUGGAGUUCAUGCAAAAGCGAUACAAGACGGGAUUCCUUCAUUUCAGACACAGCCUCCAGCUUCUUGGAAGCUUGUUGAAAUCUUCUGCUCCGACAUCAUCAUGCGAUCCAGCAGACGAUUGGUUCGUCGACGUCAUACCUCGACUAGAUAUCCAAGCGACUCUUCUCACAAACGAGUUCUACCAAGGUGCCGGCACUAAACAUACCUCAUCCAUAUGGCCGCCACUGCGGCAGCUAUUCCAAUCAGUUCGGGACGCCAGCCAAAGCCUCGACGGCCUCUUAUUCAGAGCGUACCAAUUGCAAAAAGACGGUGCCGCGGCCGGACCAGCAGAAGAUGCAGCCGAUAUCUUUGAGCUGCUCGCUACACAGCAGACCCUUCGUAACGAGCUAGAAUCCUGGAUCCAAGCCUUUGACGUCUUCAAGGCCAGGACAUGGAACUUCGUCACAGACCGAGAGAGGGUCGCCUACGGGCCUCUGCCGAUUUACCACACCAUGGCAUACAUCAUUACCAAUACUUCUCUCAAUCCUGGAAACGAGCUUAUCUUUGACCUAUACACGAGUCACUUUGCGUCGGUUGUAGCUUCGGCGAGGCAGCUUCUUGAGGCGACAUCAUCUGCAACCAUGCCGACGCCUGCUGCUGAAUCGUCCCCAGAAGAUUGUACGAAUCAAAUUGAGCACGCUUCAGACACGGGUUUGGUUCCGCCAUUGUUCUUCACAGCUGUCAAGUGUCGCGUGCCUAGGAUAAGGCGUCAGGCAUUGGAACUUCUUCUAGCAUCUCAACGGCAUGAGGGAAUCUGGGAUGCGAUACUAUCCGCGCGGAUAGCAAAAGAAGUGAUGGUUCUCGAGGAGCGGGGUCUCUAUGAAGGCGAUGUUGACGAGAAGAGGGCUUCCCCAGAUUUUGUGAUCCCGGUUCUGCCGGGGCCGCCCAGGAUACACAAGCUUUGGAUCGAGGUGCCGGAGGAGCCACGCGGUGAUAUCCUGCUAAGCAUCCAGAGGAUCUUUCCCGAGGGCAAACGGGAGACUUUGGGAAGGCGGUUUCACGCGGAGCAUGAUUAUUGGACUUCUGUUCCUGUAACACUACGUGUCGCUAAGGUCACUGAGUAG